CACACGUCGGGGAUAUUCUUUUGUUUAUUUAUGCAGUCCUUCAAGUUCAGAAAGCUAUAAAAGUAUUCGGAUUCCGUGGAAAAGCAGCGUUCUCGGAUAUUCUGUAAUCUGUGUAUGCGCAUAGACGAGUCCGGUUCACGGGACCUCGAAUAUUUUCCCGCUGCGAUGUUACGCAUCAACGAAAAAUCCAAUAUCUCCGGAUUAUCAACAUUCCAGAGUGUUGACACCUCUGUCAGAGAGUGCUCUGCUUUACCAUUACUAUAAUAUCGCCGUCUCUCUCGUGGACACGGGUCCCUGCAUAAUUCCCUUUCGGUUUCUCGUUUUCGAAUACCGCGUAGUGUCAAAUAAGAGAUGCAUGGAUAGGUUUACGUUCCCACGUUCCCAGUGAUUUUUAGUGUUCCAAGAUGUAUAAAACUAGGAAGGCAUAAAUGAGACAAUAGAAACAUGAGUUCUUUGCAACAAGGUAGCAGAUUCUUGCCUUUUUCGAAUAACAAUAUACAAAGGAAACAGUUAUCAAUGCAAGGAGGUCUUCCACAAAGCUUAAGUGGUAGUGAAACCGAUGUUUCAACAUCGAAUGAAAAUUUAACCAAUGAAGAUCGAUAUGUAAUAAGGCAUACAGCUCGCCAAGAACCCCAAGGUCAAGAGAAUCAGCAGCAAAGCCCAUCCAGGUCUUCCAGUCACAAAGAAAAUAUACCAAAUAUACAAGGUAAUGUGCUCAAUAGAAACAGUUUGAAGGACAGUUUGAAUGGUUCGAACAGAAACAGUUUGAAAGAGAAUUUGAAUGGUUCCAAUCGGAAUAGCCUUAAAGACAGCAUCAAUGGUUCUAAUAGAAAUAGUUUGAAGGAUAAUUUAAGUAAUCGUACCAGUGUUGGCUCAAAUAGAAGUAGUCUGGAUGUGUCUACAAGUUCAUACAAUACACUUAUCAUUCAUAAUGCUAAUGAUGACAACUCAUGGGUACCAUCUGGAAGGUUAUCAGGUGUUGUGAGAGAGCAUGGCGAUAUGGGUUAUUUGUACUGUGAUGGUGGUGGAAAAGGACAUUCUAACAGCCCAACUAUGCAGUCCUUAUCGAAUUUAUCGCACGAAGAUCAUGUUUACGAGCAACCCACUAAUGGAGGGUGUCAAGAGAUCACAGAUAUACCAGAUGAUUAUUUGAGUCAAUCACAGGUUCUAAAACAUCUUGCAAAAGAAGUGAAAGUACCAUCGUAUAGUAAACUUACAAACAAUGGUGGAAAUAUAGACAUGCGAAUGCGAGAUGGUGAUAGAGCAAAACAGAAUGACAGUGAAUCCGAAGAUCGACCACCACCUUCUUACAUGUCUGUUUUACUACCGUUAAAAAAUAAAUCCAGACUUGUUGGGCCAAUGGAAAAGUUGACGUUGUCGAGAUCGCAGCCUGAUUUAUCUAGAAUUGGCAAACCAGACAUCGACAACUAUAACUUGCGAACCACUUCUCCACGGCCUCAAACGAAAGGGAGAGAGGAGACAGAAUCUGCAACCGGUGAAAUUUGGCCUCCAUCAGAAAUGAUUCAGAUCGUAAUUCAAGAGAACAGUGCCUUAAAAUUAGAAUUAGAACGGUGUUACAACAAGGUCGCCAAAUCUCAAAAAUUGGAACAAGAAAUUGCAAAAGUACACAGAGCGCACGAGGAAUUAGCGGCGUCCUGCGAGCGUAGAGAAAAGCUGGAACGAGCUGCUAGAUUGAGGCUACAAAACGAUUGUAGACGAUUAACCGAAUUAAACCGCGCACUGAGAGAUCAGAUAGAUUUAUUGUCCGCACGCACUGAUAGUCCGCCCGUCGUAGAAUCUAUGAGGAAAGAAUUAACUCAACGUGAAUUACUAAUUGCACAAUUGAUCACACAAAAUAAAGAAUUAGCCGCGGCGAAAGAAAGACAAGAGAUCGAAUUGGCAGCGCAACGGGCAACGUUGCAAGAGCAGCGUACACACAUAGACAUUUUAGACACGGCUCUCACUAAUGCACAAGGGAACGUUGUGCGCCUUGAAGACGAAAGUCGGAAGAAACAAGUGUACGUGGAUAGAGUUGGCCAGCUUCAACGGGCUCUGUCUUCUCUUCAAGCGUCCUGCGAAAGAAGAGAGGAAACAGAAAGACAGUUGAGGCUUCAAUUAGAACAGGAAUUAAGAGAAUGCGGCGGCGGCGGCGGCGGUAUCAAUGGUAUCGACGGGGAAACGAUUGCGGAAUUGAAACGACGAAUACGCGAAAGAGACGAGAAAAUCAUGUCACUGGAGGGUGAUGUAGCGAAAUGGGAACAGCGUUAUCUCGAGGAAAACGCAUUGAGGCAAGCCGCAAUUGAUGCGGCUAGUCUUCCGAAGGAUGCUAAAAUAGCUGCACUAGAGAAAACGAGCCAAGAUGCUGAGAAAUUAAUCGCGGAAGCACGGUCCGAAAAAAUGAGACACAUGGAUGAAGUUCAUGCUGCACAAAAGAAAUUGGCUGAUCUUGAAUCUAGAAUGAAAGAUUUAGAAUCAAAAUUGGCUGAGAGAGAUGCAAUGAUCAGAGUCCUUCAGAAACACACAUACGAUAAGGAUAGUAGUAGCAGUAGUGGCGUUGGCAGUUAUCCUGCUGCUCAUUCGUCCCAUUCAAGUACAUCGGCUGAACAUCACAAUGCGCUGACGAGCACGCCAGAACUUGUGAGUAGUGUAUUGGGUGGAGGCAGUGGUUAUGGAAGUACUGGUUCUUAUGGUGUUACGGACAGCUAUAAGUACAGGAAGCAAGGCAGUUUCGAGCAAACAAAUAAAAGUCUCGAUGAUCAGUUAAAAGAGCUAGAUUCCCAGCUGCUUAGUAAGCGGGCACUUUGCUGUUUUCCAGGAUUCUCUAAUCCAGGCACUGCGUCGCGAAAAGGAAAAAUACCCAAGCCACUAUUGGCGGGUGUAGAUAGCACAGGUACCUCGAGUACGGCCUCAAGCAAGAGUCGUCUGUUGGACGACUCGGGGGGCGAGGUCUCGCCGAGUAUAAUGGAAUUCGCAAGUGCAGCCUCGCGGCUGAAGGGCACCGUCUCGCGAUUGUCCGACGGCAAGCCCGAGGAUAUGAUGCUGUUGGAGAAGCAAGGCCGGAGCUCGCAGAGGCAGAGGAUGCAGGAGGGCGAGCCCCGGCGCGCCGGAAGUCUUCCACCCAGCUCGUUGCCGCGGCCCCCGAAGACCUUGAAGUCGACCAACUCGCGUUACUGUCGGCUCAGCGACACGGAGGCCAGGAAGAAGUCGGACCCGGGUCCAGCCCUGGACGCUUCGGCGAGCAUGAAGGUGCGGGACGCUGGCAACUGCAGCAUCGAGUACGGUCGCUUCGACACGAAGGCACAGCGCCGGAAGAAGUCCUUCGCCACGGAGCCGUUGGUGCCCAGCAGCGUGCCGAAGAAGCCGUCCACCUCGGUUGGCCACGAGUACGAGCGUCUUCAGGGCGAGAAUCUCCGCAAGAAGCAGCCAUCGUCGACCACGGAGGUCAAGCACAGGGAGACCCAGAGCCGCUCGCUGAUCCCGCCGCCGUCUCGUCGCAUCGGAGAAUACGGUCGCCUCAGCGAGGGCACUCUGAGGAAGCAGACAGGCUCCAGGGGCCAGAGCACCGGCAGCACGGUCAGCAGCAAAAGCGGAGGGCGCGACUCCGGCGGCACAGCCAGCAGCGAAGCCUCUACGUCCUCGCUGCCGCCAUCCAAGGCCAGGUCCAUACCGCGUCCCAGCAACUAUCGUAUUCAAUUCUGAUUCGCCAGACUUGGGACAGGUUUUCUGAACGGACACGGAAGCCAUCAAGAGCAUUGCCUCACCGCCCCCGUAUUUCACCCCUUCACCAGGAGGAUUUUGAUUGUUUAACGCGUUACGUGCCGGUGGCUCGACACCGGUGACUUCAAAUGUUCGGUACAUAUCAGUCGAGGCGAAUCGCAGUAGCGCCUCGUUAGUUGUACUAGAUCUUACUUUGGUAGAUCCAGUUCUCUUCGACUGGCUUUGUGGAGUCUGCGGUUUGUUGUAUUUAAUGCUAGAAACGGAGUACUAGAAUCGAACAAGGAAGAACUGCCUUCCUUGACAAAUGAUCGGAUACGGCUUGACCGACUAACGCGGCGUUACUGCGCUCUUGGAAAUCCAACGCGAGUCAUCAGGGGCCUGCAUUCUGAUUGUAGUAGUAAACGUGCUAUAUGGGUGUUGUAUAGUGAUAUUAUAAGUUAUUUCAAAAGAGUGAAGCUCUCUCAAUAGCGAAAUUCGCGUGCGGCUGAUAUGUAGAAGAACCGUUUAGCUUAAUUGUAUCGUGAGAUUGUAGGUCGGAGAUAGUUUCCUUGAGUAUGAAGAUCGUUCUUGGUCACCGGUGAUCCACGCGGCACGAAACUGUCUAAACGGUUCUGUUUUUCUUCUUUCUUUCUUUUUUUUUGUCAAUGGAAACUCUCAACUUGCUGGGAACCAUAGAGAAGAACGAGGAAACCGACGAAGGAGCCGACGUCUACAGCGAAUCAAGUGGGGUGGAACAUAUCGGAAAUUGAUACUGAUCGCAGAAUCAAAAGCGAGACCAUCUUCUCGAGCACCUUUUCUUUUUCUUUUUUGCUUCGUUCUUCUGUAGUUCGACUGCAUAGAGUCCUAAACGUGCGUAUCUGCGCGAGCAAUACGCGAACAGCCAUAAUAAUGAGGCGCCGGUUCUCUUCUCGCUGCAUUGCCGGGAGAACCAGAUGCCAGUCGCACGAUAUAGCGGAGUCGUUGGUAUAUUGUUGCGUAGCGAUAGUGCAUGACCUAGUCAUUACCAAAGUAACUUCUAUUAUGAAAUGGAAUUGAUUUCCUCUCAUUUUUUGUAUACACCGUGCCUACGUCUCGGAAAACUGUGGCCUUACGAAAUGUGUAUUCAUUUUACAAACAUAAAAAGAAAAAAAAAAUACGUGUGCCUUGUAAGACUGCGUAAACGCUCGGUAUAACUAUAUAGUCUAAGGGAGUAACGUUCAGGAACAUUUUGAAAGUAGGAGGACGAGUUUCUCGGCCACGCGCGUGGUCCUCGGUGGAUACGGUCGGAUCAAAGUCAAACGGCUGAUCAGGACUACGACGAAAAUCCCCGAUCAACUUUACUUUUACCUUCGUUCAGCUGUUCAAUCUCAAAACCAUUGUAGACGUGUAAAAGCGGAAUCGGUUGGAAGCUCUUGUACUUUGAUAAAAUUGUGUUUUGGUACACUAAACGCCUCAGAUAUACUUUGCCAUUCGGUACUGUCCCUGGCUGAAAAAAAAACACCGUCGCCAUCGUGCACAGAGAACUGUUUUACGCGGAUGGAAAAUUCGGUAGGAAAUUUUACGAAAUGUAUUGUUUUAUAUUUCAUAGAGACAAUACGAUGUUAUCUCAUCAUCUUCUCGAAUAUCGAGAGAUCUUUUACGAAGCACGAUUUCGACGGAAAACUUUCUGCUAGGGGCAGUAUUUAACAUUAUUUUUGCUCCUCACAGCAAACAGAUUUUCAAACGGUGCGAUGUGUCCUACAACUCUCUACGUAUCAUUUCGACGAGGAGGUGCGAAAGUCGCAGAGAUUUUCUUCCAACUUGUGUUUGGGAACUCGCGGGAAUUUUCCAUUCCAGCAGCCAUAGAUAUUCCGUUGUUAGCAUAGAAUUUUGGAAGAUUUUCGGAGGAAGCGAUGUAAGAAACACGCACGAGGCUUUACCGGUGGACGGAGCUUCUCCGCAUGCACGUAUUGUCUCUGUCUCACACACAUUCACAGUGAAACGCGCGCGCGCGUGUCGAGGAGUAGAAUACCACAAAAGGUGUCUCGCCCGUAGACAGCAAUGCAUCACAUUAAUUAGCGCAGUGCUGUCCAACAUAAGCUCCAGGGCUUAGGGAACUUCCACUUUGCUAUCACAGACUCCCUCAAUUUGCCACCAUUACGUCCCUUACUCUGUUUCUACAAGCACAAUACCACUCGUGUGUGUUCUAUGUUAUGGGGAAACAAACUUCCGCAAACUCGUUAUCAACACGAUUAAGUAUUGCGAUGUCCAAGUUACGUACGUACAGUGGUAACGAACAUGUCCUAAUCAAUUUUCGUCUUCUAAGCAGCGAAGCGGUCUUCAGAGAAAUUAGACGAUUCUUUAUCAAAACGAAGUUUAUAAGCAUCGAUCUUGAGCAAUAUCUUUUCUUUCCGGAGUUAGAAGAAUCGGUUCGAAGUAUCUAUUUAUUUCCAAGGAGAGAUCGAGCUCGAUCUUAAUUAGGUUUAAUAACGCGCUGAUUAUCUGAUCCGUAGUUCAUUAAAUCUCAUCGGACUUUUCUCAACGAGUCCGUUCCCAGGUAUCGAGUUAAAAGUUACAAAAAUCGUAACAAUAAAUAAUUCUUGCUCUCCUUGAUCAAUUCCGUCGCGUUCAUUGAUCGCGUACGCGCCACCUUCUCGUUUUUAAUUCAGCGAACAUACGUAGGUAUGUAAUUAAUAUCCACUUAGCGCCGCCGACGCUGGAAUCUCAUAAAUCGCAAUUACGUUCGUUCAUUCUCGUCUCUGAUCAAAAAAUUUCUUCUGAAAGUGUGACGUUCGUGUAUCGAUCAAUAGCAGCGAGUAACUACCACGAAUCUUUUUCUAGAUUAACAAUUGCUCGUAUUUUGUUAACGAUCAAAAAACGUGCGUAGCUAGUAAACAAUAAGAAGAAAUGAUCUAAACUUGAUCUUCGUAUCUCAGAAAAUCUGCAUUUAAUUUGAAAAAAUGCCUCUCUUUCAUCGUUUCACGAGAACGCCGGACCGCGUGAGCCGACAAAAUGGCGGGUUCCAAAUCUUUCAAUCUACGAUUAUCGAGGUAGUACGAACGCAUUCGCGGGUAAUUAUUCAAGAAAUUGUUUUCGAUGUUUCGUAUAUUCUGAUAAAAAUCGCUAGAAAUCUGAACGAUUAUCAGAGACUGCAGCGUACUAAUUUAUGUUUGAACUCGAUGCACUCUGGCCACUUUCGUAAAGCAAUGCAAAAUAGCGACACUCAAGCGCCGGUAGUGUUAAUUGACGAGGCAGAGGACGCAUGUAAUGUCCACGUCGCAGUAACGAAGAGGAGGAGAAGAUCUGCGUGCUCCAUAAAAGUAAAAAGGGAAACUACGUCUGAAGUAGUGGUCCACCGGCGCGAGUGGUCCUGAGUAGCCAAUUGAGUUUGCUCCGACUGCGCAUUAAAUCUCUCUAUUCGUUUUGGUUUUGUCUUCGGACCGUAUUUGCUCUUCCGCCGAGAAUACCGCAUUUUUCUUUGUGCGUGCCGUUGCGAAAGCAUUUUCUAUUUUUUUCGCGGCGAAGUAUCUUUGGGUGCGUUUCUGUGCCGGAAACGCUGCGAUGAUACACGAUGCGACCCAGUCCCGCUUUUCCCGCGGAAAAGCGCGACAGAUGCUCGGGGAACACGAAGCAAACCGCAGCGAGGGAUUUAAGAUAGGUUUCUAUAUUUUUCUGUAAUCGUAGAUUUUUCUUCUUCUUUCUUUUUUCGUGUGUACGUCUCGACGAUUUGCGUAUCCUGUACGCAGCGACGGAAGACAAUCUGUCUCGUAAUACUGUUAAUUUAAGGCGAAUGAUGCGAACGCAGCGACGGAGAAACCAUACAUAUAAAUAUAUAUAUAUAUAUAUACAAUAUUUAGGAAUAAUAUAUUUCAUAAUGAAAGUAUAUUGUCUUUUUGUAAAGUCUACUUCAUCCACUCGUGAUGGAGUCUCUCUGGUUUGACGUUCCGAAUACAAGGCUGUUCUCGGAAUUUUUUGAAAGAACGACUUUCAGUAUUGUAAUUUCAAACUGGGUGCAUUUGUUAAUGAACAUUCGGAGAAUGCACUUAAAUUUUUUCAAGCCACAAUUAUCAUUUUCUUUUAAGCUUAAGCGAUGAUUAUGAGAUGCUGGUGACUAUUAUAGUAAUCUGCGUACUUUUCGCAUAAAUUAGGAUUUUCUUGGAUUCUCUUACUAUUGUUGUACAUGCGUAAAAUCCGCAAUCCAGUAAUCAUGAUUGAUCGGCCACUCUAAGUCCAUAGGGAACAGCAUAAAAUCUGCAACGCACCUAAAGAAGUAUUUGCAACAGAAAGGUUAUUUUCCGCACAAUGCGGUUUUUAAGUUAUCAAACAAAUAUUUUUGAAGAAACAGUCAAACUAGAGGGAGUCCAGAAAAUACGUAUUCGGAAAAUACUUUUCGCCGUGCUCGAUCUUCACGCCGCGCGUCUUGUUUCCAAGAUUUUCGCCCUCAGAACGAUCAACGGGCGAUUUCUGCAUCGAUCCUGGACUGCAUGCUUCAGACUAAUAAUAGCGAGCCGGUACGAGCAUAAGAUCGAAGAUGUUACAAAAGAUAUCCUGUGAAUUUUUGUGCGACUACAUAUAUCUCGGCUGUUGCGUGAAAAGUUCCGUAGAAACAGAUGCGUGAGUGCGUAUCGCGCGGCAUUCUCAUUGUCGUUCGCAGCUUCGUGUGUUGAACCGCGGCAUUGUCCUGAUCUUCGACUCGCAAUUAGUAUAGGUACCAAUAAGACUGAAAAAAAAAAAUGAAUGAACAGAGCGACGAAACAAAUGUCUUCUCGCGAUUGGCUACCAUGUUUUUUCCUCGCCUCGUCCAUCAAUCCUUUUCUCUCUUUCUGUUUCUCGUUUUCCUCUCGCUGGACACGCGAGAAAUUACAGGUUCGUUCGGUGAUUCUUAAUUGAGAUCUGCUCGACAUUUACGAAUUUCUUGUUGUAAAAUAAAGUACAAAAUUACGGCGCAUCUCGAGCAACUGUUCGUUUCGACGUUAACGAUCUACAGCAGUUGUCUUUCCUUUCAUAAGUUCGUCGGAGUUCUCUGUAUAUUAUUAACAAAAUCUCGCAAGAUAGGCUUCGUCGAGAAUACUAACUCGCCGUACAAACGCUACGAGCGUUUAAUCGCAUUAAACAAGCGUCGUCGUACCUAAAACGUCUAAUCGAGAUGAUUGUGUUCCAUUCUAGCCUGCGUGACGCGCGUCGAACAGAAUUAUCGAGAGAUCAUAUUUUUCUACUCCUAUCUACAGAGUUUUGAAGGUGUUGAAGCUGCUGUGUGUCAUUGGUUUACGCUGUAUAAUGUGUAAGUACGCGGUACACAUUUUUUUUCUAUUCCCCGAUUGUACGCAAUAUGACCGAAUAAAACGUGUGCUAUCAUAA